UACUGAAGUUUGCAAAUAUGAACGAGGAGAGCUAUCUUGCUGCAGAGAAGCUUGUCCCAGCCACUUACCUCAAUCAAGGGAAGGACUCAAAGAGAACACACGAGAAAUGCAUACAGACACUGCUCUAUCACCGUAAGCUUCCAUCGGAAGGCUGGAGUGAUGCAAGGAUACGUCUCCUUUUGAACGAACUCUCUCUAAUGGACAGUAACAACUUUCCAGAAAAUGUUGGUGUGGGUGAGAGAGAAGCUCGUAUUCAUUCCAGCAUUGUAAGAGAGAGACACUUCAGCUUAGGUCAUGGCAUUGGUCGAUCUGGUGACGUUGCAGCUGUACAGCCAAAAGCAGCUGGUUCUUCAUUAUUAAACCAACUCACUAACUCAUUAUUGCUUGACAUUAUACAGCAAUCAGGUGCUCAUUUUGUUCAGUCGUGUGUGUUAAUACCAGUUGCUACUGGUAUGGCCUUGAUGAUGACAUUACUUAGUCUUCGUUCGUCGAGACCUUCUGCAAGAUAUGUGAUCUGGCCAAGGAUUGAUCAGAAGUCUUGCUUUAAGUCCAUCAUAUCUGCAGGUUUUGAGCCAGUUAUAAUUGAGAAUGUUCUAGAAGGAGAUGAGCUAAUGACAGAUGUUCAGAGUAUGGAGACACAGAUCAAUAAACUAGGACCUGAUACUGUACUUGCUAUAAUGACUGUCACUAGUUGCUUUGCUCCAAGAGGGGCUGACAGGUUGCCAGAAGUUGCUCGGUUGUCAUCACAGUACAGCAUACCACAUAUUGUCAAUAAUGCUUACGGCGUGCAAUCAUCAAAAUGUAUGCAUCUACUCCAAGAGGCUAAUCGUGUUGGACGGCUUGACGCUUUCAUACAAAGUACAGAUAAGAAUUUCCUUGUGCCUGUUGGGGGCUCUGUGGUAUCUAGCGGAAAUCCUGAAUUUAUAAAAACUGUAUCUCAGUCCUAUCCAGGUAGAGCAUCAUCUACUCCAACCAUUGAUGUGUUUGUAACAUUACUGGGUUUAGGAUCCGAUGGAUAUAAGUCUCUUUGUAAGGAGAGAAAGGACAAUUAUCAGUAUCUUUUAAAACUUUUAUCAGAUGUUGCUCAUCGUCACAACGAGCGUGUACUAGUUACAAAGAACAACCCCAUAUCUAUAGCUAUGAGCUUAACUAGUUUACCAUCGACCACUGAUUGGACUGAACUUGGCUCAAUGCUAUUUCUACGUAAUGUAUCUGGAACAAGAGUUGUUUCUCCUGGUACUAGUAAGACUAUUGGUGGUUACACAUUUACUAACUGGGGCUCUCAUUCUAAUAAUUAUCCUCAUCCUUAUUUGACAGCUGCUGCUGCUAUUGGCAUGAAUAGACAAGAAAUUGAUACAUUUUGUAAACGUUUGGACAAAACCCUCACAAAGUUCAAAAAGAAGCAUGUUGUUUCUGAUCAAGAACUCAAAUCUCCUCAAUCUGGUGCUAAUGAUUCUGAACAUGGGAAUGGAUCUUAAUGAAAAGAAAUAAUGACUGAUUUUAUCUAUGCCAGUAAAAGUGUAAUUUGUUUAUAUAAUACAAAAUCGAUUGUUUCUUGUGUUUAAA